UUUAUUAUUUUUGUUAUUAGAUUUAAUAACUUACUUUUUUAAAUGUUCAGUGGCUACCUCUAAUCAAGCUGAGAGUGUACUUUCUCUGGCUCUCUUUGUAAGACACAGCACAGACUAUGUGGGGAUUAAAUACACUCUCAACUUGCUUAGAGGUAACCAUGGAACACUUAGACACAUACAAGACAUUCAGGGAUCACAAGCAUUUGCACAAACUAGAGUAUGUGCUACAUAUCUCAGGUGAUUCUGUUUGCUUUGUUUAACAAACCUCCCACCAGUGUUCAUACUGACCUGGCAUGGAAACAGUGGGCUUUGUUUACAUGAUGAUAAGAAAAACCGCUCUGUACAAAACAAAAUACAGGAAAACUGAGAUAAAGAAGCUGGCUUAGUGUCUGUGGUCGCAGAGCUGGGAGGAAUCAACCCAGAGAGAACUUCUCAGGAGAGAGUGAAGAGAACAACCAGUGCGAUGAAGUUACGCUUCAUGCAGCUUUCCCUGCGCCACAAGUUCAGGCCCCUCUUCCUGGCUCUCCUCUCCCUCUCUCUCCUCCUCCACCUCCUCAUCUCUCUAAACCCCGUCUUCGAGCCCCGAGACAGAGCAGCCUGCCCUAGGCAGGGCCCCCACAAUUCAGCGGGCCCGAAAUCGAGAGGGGGCCACUCUCCAGUGCUGGUCAGAGCCCUGCAGGACUUCAGCGGCUCUUCAAACAGAUCCUCUUUGGAAAGCGCCCCAUCCAACAUGGCCGCCACCCGUGCUGCCACACACAAGAUGUCCGCCGGCCCCGCCAAACUUGCUACAUCUAAGAUGGAGGCCCUUUUCAGACACCCACUCUACAACAGAGAGAGGCCUGAACUGAGAGAGGAAGACUGGCUCUUUCGAGUGAGGUCUGGAGCUGAAUUGAACACGAAAGACAGUGGAAGUCAAGAAUGGGUGAGUGAUGAGGAUGGGGGCUUUCCCCCCUCUCAGUGGAACAGCAGUGUGGAGUCGUACCCCCCCUGGCUGCGCUUUCACCUGGGGAUAAACCGCUAUGAGCUGUACCCCCGACACGAGCCAGCCCUGGAGCUGCUGCUGGAGCAACUCGCUACACACAAGAUCAAGAGCGCCGUUCAGAAGCCGGGCGGGACUCAACUGAAGCUGGUGAUGUCAUUUCCAAACUACGGACAAGCUCUCUUUAAACCAAUGAAGCAAGCGCGUGACCAGGAAACCUCGCCUGACUUUUUCUACUUCUCUGAUUUUGAGAGACACAACGCUGAGAUCGCUGCCUUUCACCUGGACAGGAUUUUGGAUUUCCGGAGGAUCCCGCCAGCUGUGGGCCGCUUGAUCAACGUCACAUCGGAAAUCUGGGAAAUUACAACAGACCGGAAACUAGCCCGGACUUUCUAUAGAUCACCAGCGAGCAAUGUGUGUUUCUACGGCGAGUGCUCGUAUUACUGCUCCACGGAGCACGCUGUGUGCGGCCGGCCCCACCAGCUCGAGGGCUCGAUGGCUGCCUUCCUACCCGACCCUAGCCUGGCCAAGAGGAGGAGCUGGAGGAGCCCCUGGAGGAGAUCCUAUAGCAGGAGCAAGACAGCACAGUGGGAGACAAACCCAGACUACUGUGCGACGGUCAAACAGACUCCCCCCUACAACAAGGGCACCAGACUGCUGGACCUGAUUGACCUGUGCAUACUGGACUUCCUCAUGGGUAACCUAGACCGUCAUCACUAUGAAACCUUUGAGAGGUUUGGCAACAACACGUUUCUGAUUCACUUGGAUAAUGGCAGGGGUCCAGGGCAGGCUUGAGGCAUGGAGACUGAACUGCUCCCUCCCUCCCUCAUCCCACUAAGACAAAGGGGGCUCCCUCCAGUCCAGGGCAGGCUUGAGGCAUGGAGACUGAACUGCUUUCUCCCUCCUUCCAUCACCCCCUAAGAGAAAGUCAAUCGUGGUUCGUUCAGGUUGUGGCUGGUAGGUAGUAUAUGUAUAAUUGUUGUACAAAAUCACAACUGCAUGGUACGGGAAUUACAGACACACCCCCCCAAGUGGUAAUUUCUAAAAUCACAUCUCACAUUUUAAGGUGCUUACAUUAUUAUUAAUUACUCAUUUAGCAGAUGCUUUUAUUCAAAGCAACUUACAGAAACUAGGGGGUGAACUAAGAAUCAUCAACAACUGCUGCUGCAGAGUCACUUACAAUAGGACCUUGGUUUUACGCCGAAGGACGGAGCACAAGGAAGUUAUGUGACUUGCUCAGAGUCAAUCACAGUGAGGCAGUGGCUGAGCUGAGAUUGAACCGGAAACCUGCUGGUAACAAGCCUCUUUCUUUACCCACAUUUUACAUGUUACUUUGUUAUACUGAGUCAAAAAACACAACUAAUCAAUCGUUUGAUUGAAUCAAAUAGACAAAUACAUCUUGAAAUUCAUUCACACAUCUCCCCCCUUUAUUUGAUUGAAAAGCACUGGACGCUUUUUAACCCAUCCUCAGCACCACUGAUUAAAAAGAAAACCCUUCAUUUUUAGGUAUCCCUGCCUCCCGUUUCUAUGAAACGUUCAAAUUAAAAUGAGCUGUGUGUGACCCCUCAUAACCCAUACAACACCACAAGCAGCAAUUCAAAACUCAGUUUAAAUCUUAAAUAACUCACUGCGGCAAAGUGGUUUGCAGUGCGCAGGUGUAGAGGUGAUGCAGUGCUCAAUACAAUGACAGACAACAGAGUUUCUGGCGAAAUGAUGGUUUAUUUAUAAUCCAAAGUCACUUGACAACUGUAAAUAAUAAUAACUGGCAAUACACAACUAUGUGUAGUGCUCAGUUAAAACCACGGGGUUCAGUCCCGAAAUAAUAAUAACACGUAUAACAAACACGGUCACAAGUCCAGAGUGAGUGCUCUUUGUGUGAGUGGUGAAAUACAGUUAACAGUGAACAGAGGUGAAGUGCAGUCCAGGUUUGGUGCUGGCUUCAAGCAACAGCUCCUGGAUAGUUUACUUCUCUAAUAAUAACAAACAAGACAAUUACUCGACAGACGAAAACAGUACAAACACUCACAGUCCUUCAGCAGUUCAUUGGUAACCAUAACAAAGGGACAGUUAGCUUCGUCACAUCCCCUUUUAUACUGUCAGCCAUGCCCCCUUGGUUAUUAUUUAUUAUUAUUAUUAUUUAUUUCUUAGCAGACGCCCUUAUCCAGGGCGACUUACAAUUGUUACAAGACAAUGUUACAAGAAUCACAUUAUACAGAUAUCACAUUAUUCUUACAUACAAUUCCCCAUUUAUACAGUUGGGUUUUUACUGGAGUAAAGUACCUUGCUCAAGGGUACAACAGCAGUGUCCCCCACCUGGGAUUGCGAGUGCAAUCGCUUUUCCUCCAAUCUGCGAUUGCCACAUCGCCUCUCGUCUGGGGCGAUGACUCUGCCCCCUUUCUAGAUGGCCGACUUCCAACUUUCCCUGGAAUGAAUUGCCAAACCAUCUAGUCCCGGGACACACUGUUCCCUUUACAGCACCCUCACAGGGAGAUUUGUAACCAAGGUUCAUUCUUUCUGUCACACUCACUUAGGCUAACUACCAAUUACAUGCAAACAAAUAUUUUCAAACUAUCAGAUUACAUGCAAGUAAAAUAUAUCUAUAUUAAACAUUAUCUGUCAUAAUGAAACAGCUAACCCUUAUAAAAGUGUCCCAUAGUAAAAGCACAGCAAAGUGUAAUGAAUCACAGUGAAAUCUAAAUCAUAGGGAAGCAUUGUAAAGCACAGAGAGGUCUGGUAAAGCAUAGGGAAGCAUUGUAAAGCACAGAGAGGUCUGGUAAAGCAUAGGGAAGCAUUGUAAAGCACAGAGAGGUCUGGCAAAGCAUAGGGAAGCAUUGUAAAGCACAGAGAGGUCUGGCGAAGCAUAGGGAAGCAUUGUAAAGCACAGAGAGGUCUGGUAAAGCAUAGGGAAGCAUUGUGAAGCACAGAGAGGUCUGGUAAAGCAUAGGGAAGCAUUGUAAAGCACAGAGAGGUCUGGUAAAGCAUAGGGAAGCAUUGUAAAGCACAGAGAGGUCUGGUAAAGCAUAGGGAAGCAUUGUAAAGCACAGAGAGGUCUGGCGAAGCAUAGGGAAGCAUUGUAAAGCACAGAGAGGUCUGGUAAAGCAUAUUAAAAAAAAACAUGGUAACUAACCCUUUUAAAAGUGUCCCUUAGUAAAAGCACAGCAAGGUGUAAUGAAGCACAGUGAAAGCUAAAGAAUAAGGAAGCAUUGUGAAGCAAAGAGAGGGAGGGAAGGUAAAGUAUGUUAAAAAAAUAACAUGGCAAACCAGGGUAAGCUAUGAUAUAUGCAGAGUGUAACCAUAGGAAAAGCAUGGGGGGAAAACUGCAUGGGGCAAAACGAUGGUAAAAUUGUAUAAGGAUAUAUAUUAUGUUUCAUUAUUGAAUUAGAUUGGGAAUUCAACGCUAUGCCGUGGCACUCUUAACACCUGCUCUGUUUGCC